AUGUUGAGAGGUACCAGAAGACCAGGAUUUGCCGCUAGUAAUCCACUAAACUCCCCUAUAGUGGCGCAUACCAAUGGUACGCCACAGCAUGUCUCUAGGGAUGAGAUGCUACAAUUUCUAGAGAGAUUUAUAAGUGAAAAGGAAACGCUGGGGGGCGAUCAAGCAUUGGGUACAGAUGCCGCAUCGUCUGAUAUCAGUCUGUCAAGUGCAUUAUCACAGCUGAAAAGAGUUCAGAGAGACUUUCAAGGUUUACCACCUUCCGCAUUGGAGGAAGGCGGUGACUCCAAUGCAGAAAGUAAAGCUACAGAAACCAAGAGUGCUGCAGGUGGCACCAAAACAACAUUUGAGGAUUAG